UAAAGAAAAGCUCUAUUUUUGUAUUUUGUUUUGUUUUUUUCCUGGAAACUACAUUAUUAACAGGAAACAUACUGUUCUAGUGGAAAAGCUGGGGAAAUCGAAAGCUAUGAACACUGCUGGGAGGAGUCCUGUUUCAUCACAGCUCUCCCCAGAGAGAUAGCACGGGGUAAGACAUUAAGCAUUGUUCAAGUUAGGAACUUAGUUUAACCAGUUUCCUUCUCUUCCCCGUUAUUCUGUAAAUACCACAUUUUCUCAGCAUUUAAUGAGAUUCCAACACCCUGGUGUGUACUUUUUGUGGGUUUUUCUACCUACAAAAGAUAGACAAGCCCAUUUCCUGCCUUGCUGAGGAUCUACAAUCUAAACACUGCUGAGAAAUUUCUGGCAAGAUAAACUAGCAUCUGGACACUGCUGUGGAAAUUUCCAAGAAGGUUGAGAAACAAUGGACAUGCAUAGUUCCAAGUUCCACAGAUUGCCACAGUUAUUCAAGUCCAUCUUUUUUUGAUCAUCCACAAAUAAACUUAUCAUUGUCUUUUUAUCCACAGUAUCUCAACCAUAGUGAGGAUUGUCCAUAGUUUUAUAUAUAAUGAGUGAAUACAAGAAAAUUGUUCUCUUAAAAGGAUUUGAGGUCAUGGAUGACUACCAUUUUAGAACAAUCAAGUCCUUAUUAAGAAAAGAACUAAAUCUAACUAAAAAAUUGCAAGAUGAAUAUGACAGAAUUCAGGUGGCUGACAUAAUGGAGGACACAUUCCCACAAGAUGCUGGACUGGACAAACUGAUAAAAGUCUGUGAAGGCAUUAAAGAACUUGAAGACCUUGCUAAAAAGCUUAAAAAAGAGAAGGCAAAAGUUAAAAAGCAAAAGAAAGAAAAAACUAAGACUGCAGUGAAAAAAGCAAAGCAAGAUGAACCCAGUAGUUCCCAAUCUCUUCCCACUGAUGAUGACGCCAACAAUAAUAAAGACUCUUUAAAGAAAAAGAGAAAAAUACCCACAAAAUCUGAAGGUGGCAAUAAAAAGAAGCUCACCCAGGAGACAACUCAACUUCCAGAACCUUCACAAGGCAGCACACAAACAGAUCAAGGAUGGCUCCAGCCUCCUCAAAAGCCUCCACCAACACCAUCCAGCAGUUCCACAAACAAGAAACAGAAAAACACAGGCAUCAAAAAUCAUAGUACUAUAACCACAGAAGUUCCCCAGAAAAAACACCAGCUUCAAGAAUUGUCAGCAAAUGACAUCUCCUCAGCUGCCAGUGAACUGCAGUCUCCUCAGGGACUUUCAUCAACAGCUUCUAGAAGCAUCAAGACUCCUUGUGCACCUCCAUUAACAGGCUUCACUUCAAAAAAGUCUCAUGGUUCUCCAGGACCACCUAGCCUGACUUUUCCAAUAUCUCCAGCAUCAAACUCCAGCAUGCACCAGAACUUUCCUGUGCCUCUAACACUGUCCAGUGCUGUCCAAGCUCCUAGUGUAUCUUCAGCAACACCAUCCAGUAGUGUGGGGGUCCCUCACAUGCCUUCAGAAACAGUGUCCAGCUCUCUCAAUGCUCCUCAAAUGUCUCCAGUAUCAGUGCCCAGCAGUACCCAGAAUCUUUGCCCACCUACCGCAGUAGCCUUCAAUAGCAUGCAGGCUCCUCCCAGUUCUCAAAUAUUAGCACCCAGAAGUGUCCAAACCCCUAGAGUUCCUUCUGCAACAUUGAAAAGAAAAGCCCAGGACAUAACGACAUCUCCAGCAACAGCCUCCAUCAAUGUGCAGGUUCCCCACACACUCCCUGAAGCAGUGUCCAGAAAUGCCUGCACCACUCAGGUGCCUCUAAGAGCACCAUCAAGCGACAUUCAGACUCUUAACUGGGCUACGGUAAGAGCACCCAGGAAUACCAAGGUCCCAGGUCCCUUAGACACUGUACCUAUUUAUUUCCUGGCUUUGCCAUCUCCAGCAACAACAGCUAGUAGUCUCCAGACUUCUCAGGUACUUCCACCACCAACAUCCAAGAGUCUUGCAGCUCCUCAGGUGCCUCUACCAAUAGAGACAAGCAGAGUCCAGACCACUCAAAUGCAUCCAGGAGCAGCAGCCAACUUUACCCAUCCUCUUCAUGCUCCUCCAGUUACAGGAUCUAAGAGUGUGGGCACCACUCAAGUGCCUCCAGGAGUAGUAGCACCCAGAAGUGGGCAGGCCCUUCCUUGUCCUAAAGAAAAAUCCUCUAGGAAUGUCCAGGCUCCUCAGAUGCCUUCAGCAACAACAUCCAGCAGUCUCCUGUCUCCACGGGUGUGUCCAACACCAGCAUCCAGCAGUCUUCGGUCUUCUCUGGUGCCUCAAGCAACGACAAAGAGCAGUCCAUACAGGACACUAGGGAGAGGGAACAUACCAAAGGAGCCUUCUAAGGAAGAAGGACAUCAGCAAGGACCCAAAGAAGUGAUGGUGUUGAAAGUAACAGAACCAUUUACUUAUGAUUUGAUUAAAGACCUAUGGAUGUUCCAUGCCACAGUGGCUACUGAGACUGAAUUCUUCAGAGUGAAGGUUUUUGACCUAACCCUAAAGGACAAGUUCAUUCCAAAAAAGAUCAUUUCAAUAUCCGAUUAUUUUGGUGCCAAUGGAUUUCUGGAGAUACACAAAGCUGCCUGUGUGUCUGAUGUGAAUGUUAACCAAACGAUGGUUAUCUCAAAUGCACUGAAGCAAAGAGCCAAUGCAACUCCUAAAAUCAAGGAUCUUUUCUCACAAACAAAAGGAACAUAUGUGAAUGGAGAAUUUAUGGUAUUUACGAAAACUGAGAGGAAUAACUUCAUUUACUAUGGUAUAGAAGAUGAUACCGGGAAAAUGGAAGUGGUCGUCUAUGGACGACUGACCAGUAUCAAGUGUGAGCCAGGCAAUAAACUUCGACUUGUCUGCUUUGAAUUGUCCUCAAGUGAAGACACAUGGCAGCUGAAGUCUGUAAGGCACAGUUACAUGCAGGUCAUCAAUGUCAAAAAGAAACUCCAUCAACACUGAUGCAGUUAUGAAAAGCUCCCUAGAACCAUACUCCUGAAAACCUGGAUGCCAAGGAUACUGUUUAUGGAAAUAUGAUCCAAGUCCAGAAAAAUAAAUGUAUAUAUGACCUGUUGAAAUACUGUACCUAUGAAAGCAAGCUAAUUUUUUUUUCAGUUUUUUAUACAGGCUUUCUCUGUUUAGUCCUUGUUGUCCUGGAACUCACUUUGUAGAUCAGGCUGGCUUCCAACUCAGAUCAAACUGCUUCUGCAUGCCUCAUGCUUGGAUAAAAGGUCUAGGCCACCACAUCCCGGACCUCACCUAAUUCUAGGAAAUGGUGCUUUUUAUUAUAAUUUAUACAUUUCUGUAUUAAUCUAAAUUUAAUGUUUGUAUCUAUAACUUUUAUAAUUGGUGAUCUAUAAGUUUUACAUAUUAAACUUAAAAAGACA